CUCUUUUCCUUUCUCUGAUCGCUUUCUUCUUCACUAAGUUCGAGGAUAAUUCUCUCUCGUUUUCCGUUGUUUUUCUCGAGGCAAGUUCAAUUGUGUUCAAUGGAGCCCGAGAUCGCUCAUCCUGUUGCUUCAUGCUCGAUAACUCUAACGCCGAACAAGGCACCAACUUCAUAUGUUAAUGGUGUGGAGGAGCAAUAUGAAAUGCAAAACGGUGGUGGUGUUGAUAAUAAGAAUAAAGGGAAGGCUAUACGAUUGGAAUCACAAUCUGACGAUGAGCAGCCUGAGGGAUCUGCUAGCGAUUGUUAUGAUCCUGGAUCCUCUCCACUGUCAGAUAGUUUGCUAGACCCUGACUCUUUGGUAUACGAAGACGACGAUGACUAUUCUGAUCAUUAUGGCUAUGGGAUAGAGGAUGAGAUCGAGGAUGAUCAUGCAGAUGACUACGUCUCCGAGUAUCAAGCCCUUUUUGAUGCCAAGGAGAAGGAAAUCCCAGCUGGUGUGGAGGUGGCCAUGGAUUGGCUUCCAAGUUCGGAAACUGCUAAACCAAGUGGAAGCAGCAGCAGCUCCAAGAAAGCAACAACAGGAAGUGGAAUCUAUUUAACUCCAAACAAUGCUUACGCAUUGCCACAAAAAAUCCAUGGUUUCCAUUACUCUGGACCAGCUUUGAAGUAUUCUUCCACUCAUCUUGGGCCUAAGACUGAUCCUGGCACCGUGAUGGGAGAGGCCCCGGUUCCGGCUCCAGCUUCUUCUGGUUUAUCGCUUCAGAUGUCCAAAAAAAAUCCAGGAUAUUUGGGUUUUGCUAGCACUCGGCCUCACGUGGAAGAGGUUAUCUCAGCUCCAAAUACUUACACAGUUAAGAGAAACGUGGAGGAUUAUCUUGGCAAGUACUUGUUUUUCAAGAAGUUUGACAUCGUUGAAGAUCUUGUGGACCACCAUUAUGCUGCCAAGGGAACAACUUCCAAACAGCAUUCCAAGGAAUGGGCCAAAAGGAUCCAAGAAGAGUGGAAAAUUCUUGAGAAUGAUUUGCCAGAGCAGACGAUAUUUGUGAGAGCGUAUGAGUCGAGGAUGGAUCUUUUGAGGGCUGUAAUUGUUGGAGCCGAUGGAACUCCCUAUCAUGACGGUCUCUUCUUUUUCGAUAUCUUCUUCCCUGAUACAUACCCUUCUGGCCCACCGAUGGUUCAUUACCACUCUGGUGGGCUAAGAAUCAACCCGAAUCUGUACAAUAGUGGGAAAGUGUGUCUGAGUCUUCUCGGGACUUGGAGUGGUGUCCAGACGGAGAAGUGGAUCCCCAAUGAGUCUACAAUGCUGCAGGUUCUUGUCUCAAUCCAAGGACUAAUCUUGAACCAAAAACCUUUUUUCAACGAACCUGGGUACGAGAGAAUGGCUGGUUCUCUAUCCGGGGAGUGCCAAUCUAACGCUUACAGCGAGAAGAUAUUCUUACUUUCUCUCAAGACGAUGGUUUACAACAUGAGGAGACCACCCAAGUAUUUUGAAGACUUCGCGUAUGGGCAUUUCCUCAGCUCUGCUCACGACGUGUUGAAAGCAUGUAAUGCUUAUAGAAACGGAGCUCCAGUGGCGUCUUUGGUGAGGGGAAAUGUUAAAGGAGGGGAAGAGAGUAGCGAGAGAUGCUCCGAGUCGUUCAAGAAAGAUGUGGGUGCCUUCGUGGACACGCUUUUGUUGAAGGAGUUCAUUCUUCUAGGCGUCCUUGGUCUCGAACCAGAAAAAGAAGAAGACUAACCCUCAGAGAUUAGCACAAGCAGUAGCAGACCACCAAAUAGAGUGUAGUUUCUUCAAAUUGAACUCCAUUGCUUCCUUCUCUUCUUAUUUUUUUUUUUUUAAAAUAUUUUUCUUGACUUUAAUCUCUCUGAAAAACAGAACAGGACUUGGUUGAUCCUCUUUUUUUCACUUAAAUAUGACAUUAGUCUUUUA